UGAAAUGAUUUUCGUAGCUAUACUAUACACACUCUUCAUCACAAAUUUAUAUGUACAUAUUUCAUUGUUUUUGUUGUUAUGUAAUGUAUUAAAUUCCCAGUUGUACCAAAAAUUCUAACUAGUAGUGUUAGUGUCCAAAAAUAGCAUUUCAUCAACAUCUCCGCCUUAACCAAAACCCAAAACCCAAUCUCAACACUCUCAAACUAACCACCACCACUCCUCCCCUCUUCUCUCUCUCUUUCUCUCUCUCCAUUUUUAUUAUGACCGUUGGAUUCAAAAUCUCCCACUUGCCAUGAGAUUUCACCUCAAAACACUCUAAAAACUUUCUCACAUUCCCAAGACCCAAAAUGGGAUGUUGUCUCAGCUCCUCAACCAAGUCAACCCAGAGAGAAGAACUGAAACAACCAGAUGCGCCGCCGGUCAACCACCAACAUUUUCGACGGACAACUCCGGCGCUGGAAAUGGAACAAGCCCACAUUAUGUCUCCUCACCCUCCUCCGGUCGUUGAAGAAGAGUCCGUUAAGGAGGUCCUCUCAGAAACUCCUGUUUCGAAACCCCCGACCCCAAACCCAGAAACUUUUACAGAGAAAAAGAAGAGUCACUUGAUGACCACUGCUACCGCCGCAGCCGCUAAAGACGAGAAAGAACCAGAGGUUGUGGAGGUCUCUGAAGCUUCUUACCUUUCCGAGACAUGUGAAGUCAGUGAGAGCUAUUCUUACUUGUCAACGACGACGACAACGACUAUUACGGAGGUAAGAGACGAAGACGAAGCUAUUAGUAAGCGAAAGAGGGAAGUGGGUCCCAGAAUAACAAAUGGGUCAACGGCUACCACUCGCCGGAAGCGUCCCAACUGCGGAGCCGAGCUCUCCGGUAGAAGAGGAAGAGGACCCGUUUCUUCGGGUAACAGACCCGAACGGUCAGCAGAGAAGAAGAAUCGGGUUGAUAAUAAGUCCAUUCGUGGGAGAGAAUCGGGUCAGGGAAGGACCAUACAACGCAACGAUGGGUAUGCCGGUAUCCGACGAGAUAUUGGCGAGGUAUCUUCCCGGCGGUCGAGGUCACCGGCUCCACGGACAACCGGUGGAGUGAGUCGAGGUGGACUUUCGAGAAACUCGUCAAAGGGAACCGGACGAGGCGGUUGCAAGUCAUUGGGUGGAGAUAGUAAAGAGAAGAGCCAGAGUGAGAGUAAUACUAAUAAUAACGACGUUGGUUCUUCGCAGCUGGGGAAUAAUAACGAGUCUUUGGAGAAUCCUCUGGUUUCAUUAGAGUGUUUCAUCUUUGUCUAAAUUUUUAUUUUAUUUUAUUUUAUUUUAUUAUUUUGUGAAAAGUGGUGGUGUUUUCAUGUACAAUUGCUUCAGCAAACCAUUUUGAAGGAAUGCAUGUGAGUUUUCCAUUCUAA